UCUUCCUCGCGCAAAUCUCGUCGUCCUCCGCCACCCCUGGCGUCACCAGCCUUGAACACGCCCUCUCGCUCUCCAGACAAUGGGAGGCGGUCCACGGGCUCUCCCCCGACUCCCCCACGCCCCCCGCCAACCUCUCCUUCCCCGCGCACGUGCCCCCCGCGCCCCACCUGGACGACUGCGCCAACCGCACGCACUGGCGCUGGCAGGUGGAGCAGCGCGCGGCGGACUCCGCGCCCCCUGACUGGACCAACCCCUCCGCCUGCUGCGGCUGCGCGCCCCAACCUCCCUGGGUACGAGGCACAGACGCGGCCAAUCUGGCGCUGACACGUAUCGCGCAGAGGGACAUCUGGGCGAGCCAGUUCCCCCCGAGCAACUGCACUGGGCGGCGGCUAUUACUGGCGCCGUGGCCUGAUGCGGCCACGCACCCCCUGGGAGCGCAGCUGCUGGUGGCGACGGCGUAUCUGAGCCUCGCCAUGCGCCACAACCGCACGCUUGUCAUGCUCCCUGGCUCCUUCUCCCGCGCUAACCACUCCGCUUGUACAGCUGUAGGGCAGGAGGGGUCGUUGGACUGCUAUUUCCUGCCCAUGGCCGCACAGGCCUGCACUGACAGGGCUGUCGCUGCUAUCGCUGCCACCGCAGCAGCUGCACAAGGGGCGGGAGUGGAGGAGGAGGUGGUGGUGGUGGCGGAGGGUGGCAGCACGGCGGCAGUGCUGGCAUCAGAGCAGGCAGUGGUGUUGCUCAAUGAUACGUCUCACCAGGACAACUGUGAUGCUGUCAGUCUGUGGGGCGCACCGCAUCGCAACCGACCGAGUGUGGUGGAGCUGGCGGGCAAGAUGCAUCCGCUCAACGAGGCCCAGCUCAAGCUGCGCUGGUGGCAGGCACAGGCUCUCCGCUUCAUGCUGCGCUGGCCCUCCUUGCACCUCUGCCACACCAUCAACCGCAUGCGCCACGCGUCCUACGGCCUCUCAGUCGCCUCCCAACUGGCCGCCGUCACCACGCAACGAGCCGCCAUCAUCUCCGCCCUAGCGAGCAACAGCGUGCAUCCCGCGUACGCGGGCAUGCGCAUGAACGGCAGCGACGAGGCCAAGUUCCUGCAGUCCUUCACCUUCUCGCACUCGCAGAGCCUCGAGGCCGACGUGUGGCCGGGCGAGGGCUUUGAAGGCUGCUACCAGUACAAGGGCCCGGGGCCAGCGCGCGUGGACAGGGUGUAUGAGGCGGUGGGAAAGGAGGUGUUCAUGAUGCGGCCGGUGGUGGGGCUGCACGUAAGGCAGGUGGAGGACGCGGGGAGUAAGGCGAGUGUGCGGUCGCUGGCAGGGUUCAUGUUCUCGCUGUAUGGCAUGCGCAAGCACGUGCCCUCGCUCACCCACGUGUGGCUCAGCUCCAGACUGCAGGUGGACAUAGAGCAGUCGAAGCAAUUCUCCGACUGGAACUUCCUGCACUCCGACCACCCGCGGCAGAGCGCCCCACAGCCGGUGACAGAGUACGAGAAGCAGGUGGGGCUGCAGGUGAGCGUGGGGGCGGGCCUGGCGAACCUGCUGGUGGCAGCGGAGAGUGACUACUUUGUGGGCACGCUCAACUCCCACUGGAGCCGCCUCAUUGAUGCGCUCAGGAGCACCAAUGGCCGCCUCUUUGCUGGCUUUGUGGCCGUGGAGGAGUGGUGA